AUGGGUUUGAUUGAAAAGUUGAAUCUUAAGCCUGGUGUCAUCUACGGCCAGGAUGUCUACAAGUUGUUCCAGUAUGCCAAAGAGAACGAGUUCGCUCUCCCCGCCGUCAACGUGACCUCGUCCUCUACUGUCAUUGCUGUCCUAGAGGCCGCUAAGGAGUCGAAAUCACCUGUUGUUAUUCAGGUUUCCAAUGGAGGUGCAGCUUUCUUCGCUGGCAAGUCCAUCUCAAACACAAACCAAGAAGCCUCCGUUGCUGGUGCCAUUGCUGCCGCCCACUUUGUCCGCGCAAUUGCUCCUGUUUACGGUGUCCCCGUUGUCCUACACAGUGACCACUGUGCCAAGAAGCUACUACCAUGGCUGGAUGGCAUGAUUGAUGCCGAUGAGGCAUGGUUUAAGGAGCACGGUACACCUCUGUUCAGCAGCCACAUGAUCGAUCUAUCGGAAGAAGAUGUCAAGUACAACAUUGAGACAACAGCUAAAUACUUAAAGCGAUCUCAACCCUUGAGCCUGUGGUUGGAAAUGGAAGUCGGCUUAACGGGUGGUGAGGAAGACGGUGUCAACAACGAAGAUGUCGACAACAACUCCCUCUACACGCAACCCGAGGAUAUCCUUGCCAUUUACGAGGCACUUAGCCCCAUCUCUAACCUAUUCAGCAUUGCUGCUGGCUUUGGCAAUGUCCACGGUGUCUACCAGCCGGGCAACGUAAAGCUCCACCCCGAACUCCUCGGCAAGCACCAGGCCCAUGUUGCCCAGAAGCUCGGCGACGGCCAGGCGAAGCCAGUCUUCUUCGUAUUCCACGGCGGCUCUGGCUCGAGCAAGGCAGAGUUCCUCGAGGCUAUCUCUCACGGUGUUGUCAAGGUCAACCUCGACACCGAUCUCCAGUGGGCCUACCUCGUCGGCCACCGAGACUACAUCCUAAACAACAUCGACUACUUAAGAACUCAGGUCGGCAACCCCGAGGGUCCCCACAAGCCGAACAAGAAGAAGUACGACCCCCGUGUGUGGGUAAGGGAAGGUGAAAAGACAAUGAAGGCCCGUGUUAUCGAGGCACUUGAGGAUUUCCGCACAGCCGGCAAGCUAUAA